AUGGCGUGGAGUUUUGGAGAAGAGAAUGCAAGUCUACCGGACCAUAUCUCGGCCCUAAGCACGGGAAUUCAGAACAUCGAUCUAACAGGCUGCAAACAACUGACGCCGUCGACAAAUCCUUCUAGUAUCAGUCAGGUUGAUCAACCAACAGGCGUUGUAAACGUAAACUCCGGCAGCGAGCCACUGCAGCCUUCACCGUCGAAAGAGUCCCCACCAGAUGGUGGAGUCGUAGACUUGGUGGUUACCCUAACAGCAGAUUUUACGCCGCCUCCUGUGGUCACGAUCGUAACUUGGAUAACGCAGGUGGGCUAG